AUGUCAUAGGUGUUUAGCUCUGGCACAUCGAAGAGGUGUGUGACAUCGGGCAACUCUUAGCUAGUAUGUGAAGUGGUUCUUGUCCAGAAUGGUGCACCCGACAAAUUUGUUGCGUACCGAGUCUGAUAACGCUAACUUUGCGGCCCCGACAGGGAAUUACAUGAACGAAAUCGACUGCGGGUUGACCGUUCUGCCGUUCCUCACGAAAUGCUUGGGGUUGGAGAGGUUCGCAAGGUUCAGUGUUCUCGUAGGGCUCUUGUCGGUGCUGGGUUUCCUCCAAGGGGUCAUUCUCAUCUAUUUCCGGAGUACGUCCCAGCUGUGGGUGGCGCACUAUGAGGUACCCGUUCCAGGUUGGUUUAUUUUCGCGAACGAGAUAUCUGUCGGUAUAUUUGCAUUAUAUGUGGCUUACUGGGGAAACCGAAUACAUCGAGCAAGUUGGAUGGGAACUCUAACUAUAUUUCUUUCCAUAUCGUGUGCAACUUUGGCAAUUCCCGAAAUUUAUAAUCCAUUUACUGGAGUUGAGAUUAAUAGUGCCAUUACAGGCCCAGCACUAUGUAAUACAAACAAAUCUGCCGACUUUGCAGUGGAAACUAUCCAUUGGAAGACAUAUUCGAUUACUUUAGCAAUUAUCUUACUGUUUCAAACAUUAUUCGGUAUGGCUAAUGUAGCAUUCAUAACUCUUGGUAUGACAUACUUGGACGACCAUAUUUUUCCGAAACACAGUCCUGUUUAUAUUGGAAUGGCAUUUGGAGCUAGUGAACUUGGGAAGCAGCUGGGAGUUUACAGUUCAUGGGUCCCUUACAUUUUCGAUAUAUAUAUGAUAUUUGCAUCACCAGUAUGGAUCAUCAUCACAGUUUCGACUUUUGUGAUCGGAAGCAUAAUUUCUUUGUUUCCACAAAUUCUUCCAAAAAAAGCUAUGAUGAAAUCUGUGAAUUCACUGGUCAGCUUCGCUUCUGGCAUAGAUCUUGAAGAAGAUGAGGAAGUCAUAGAUGGAUUUUUCGUCACUGUAGCGAGACUGCUGAAGAAUAAAGUUCUCCUACUGAACAUAUUCUCAUUUGUUGCACUCGAAUCAGCCUUGGUGAAUUUCAACUUACUAGAAAGAUAUUUCAACCAAGCCAAAUAUCACAUUUCCAUCAAGGACAUUUCUGGUUAUAGUGAUCCAGAACUGAUUCAAUUUUCCAAAACUCUCCUAAAGCAACCAGUUGCUGCUCUCUUUGUAUUAACCUCAGGAAUGGUGAUCGCCAAAUUCAAACCCACAGCUAAACAACUAGUCACUUGGAAUGUUUUCGUAUUCUUCUCUACAGCCCUUGUUUUUUCCGCUACAGUAUUUUCAAACUGUACUCGUGGACCUAUAAAUCAUCAUAAAAACGCUAUAAGCAUCCCUUAUUGUAGCAGUAAUUGUGGAUGCUCAGCUGAUGAAUUAUUCCAACCAAUAUGUGUGGAUGGAAAAACAUAUUUCUCGCCUUGUUUGGCUGGUUGUACAAGUUUCACAGCUGGAAUCAAGGUCUAUAAUAAUUGUUCUUGUGGAACCAUCAUAUCCGAAGGAUCUUGUGAUAAGGAGCAUUGUAGAUUGGUACUGGCAAUGGUACAAGCGAAUAGUGUGAUAUCAUAUGGUCUACUAGCAUCUACUGUAGUCCCAAACAUCAUCAUAAACAUUAGAAGUGUUCUCAACAAAGACAAAGCCGUUGCACUCGGUCUAGGAAUGACUUUCGUGGGAAUCAUUCCAUACGUUCCCGUAAAGUUGAUGUAUGACUCUGUUGCAGAUAACUUUUGUGAAAUCAAGAACAAAACUGGUUGCCAAUACUUCUCUGAGUGGUUUGCGAUAUUCCUCUCAUCGAUGACAAUAUUCUUUAUAUUCCUCGCUGCUUGCCUAGCCACCACACUGCUUUGCAUUAUAAGAGAUCUUCCUUUAUACGAAGGAAAACACUAUUCAAGCAGCUCGGAUAUAGAGAUACGUAUCCUGCCACCAGACCCCAAUCAACCUGAACCUAGGGCUGUUGUUCCUGGACUCACUACUCUUCGAGCUGAAGAAGAAUAUCCUUUCAUGCGUACAUUCAACGAAAGUAAAUUCGGUUUUUCACCAGUGCUCCACAGAGUCACUGCGAUCAGAGAAGAAGGGCCACCGUCUCCCUCUACUUUCAGCUCAAGAUCAAAUAAUGCUCCACAUAAUUCAAGAACCUCUAUCAAUUCUGAUGGAUCUUUAGGUGCAUCACUUGAGGCAAUUGCCAAUGAGAUAGGAGAUACAUGUGAUGAGGAGAUGAAGAGGGAAACAAAUUCCUCAGGCUCAUUGAAGACGUCAUUGGGCUACAUAGUUUUAAAGGUUGAUAAACCUGAUCCACAUAUCGAACAAGAUGAAAAUAUUUAUGAAGAAGUUUAUGCUAGCAAGAGUGUUCAGAGUGAUCUGUGAGUUAGUAAUCAGUUUUAUGAUUUAUUCACUUAUCUACAUUACAGCAGAGGUGAGGUCCUCAUCUAAUUCAAUAUCUUCAUCGAAUAUUUUCAAGUCCUUGACGAAGUACCAUACUGCAACGUCGAACAAUGUUCCAAUCAGUACAAAAGCUGCUGCUGUAUAGUUCAUGGUAUACCUCAAGGUCUCUCCGUUAUACAACCAGCAGUUGCCAUUUCCAGUACAAGUUUUGCCCCACACCAGGCAAGCUUUGUCUGUAAGAAAAUACUGUUCUAGCUUUAUCAAAAUAGGUUGUGCUCUCUCUUGUUACCUAAAAUUAUACCGAAGAGUAUAGGGGAUGGAACGAAUGCACACAAGCUCAUGAGCAUAAGUCCAAGACCCAUGGCUACUGGUUUAUCUUUCUCUUCCACGCACCUGGAAAAAAUGAUUGGUAAUUUUUUACUUUACGUUGAAUGAUAGCUGAUAGGGACUACUUAUAUCUAUUAUAUAUAUGAAUAGAACCUACAAAGUUACUCAUUUUAGAAAAAAACUGUUAUGAUAUUUUCUGAAACAUUCAGCAGUUCCAAUAACAAUACAAUUACAAUAC